UUUACUGCUACCAUCUGGUGGUUGAAAUUUAAAUCAAAAAGAAUUUGCUCUCUGGAACAAAUUUAAAUUGUUCUUGAAAGAUAUGCUAUCGCAUAGUGAACUCAAAAGGGCUCAUAAUGGUUCCAAUGGUAAAUUAGGAGUGCUAAAUUUAUCAUUCCAAAGGAGAAAUCCACAGAGAUAUCCAGUUUUGCAGAAUUCUAGUAAGAAGGAAAAUGAUGAGUUACGUCGUGCGUAAACAACUGUCACAUUUUCCGGAAUCUCAGACUCUACAUGAAGACUACGAAAGAAAAGGAUGCUAUAAUUCAAACUAUAUUUCUCAACCCAUGGUUGGCUACGUUUCUCCGGCAAAUUCUGAUGUAUCAUAUGAUCAACCUUAUCAAACAAAGAUGCAUGUCCUUCAAACGCCUUCGAAUAAUUUUCCCCAUUCGUCAUCGAACGGAAUGCCUUUGAAUGAUUAUACUAGACAAAUCUCCAGAAGAAGUCUAAACGAUGAGAAGAGAGAUGCAUUACGUUUUCCUGGACAGCCCCCAAAUGGGCAACUGUUUUACACUCCCUUUAAUUCUUUUGCUGGGAAAAGAGAAAUUUUUUCUCAAAACGAUCCCCAAAGUAGAGCUGAAAAUCAUCCAGUACGAGAUGAAAAAAAACCAAUAAAAAAAAGGAAAUCUGCAAGUUCACCCAAGAAACUUUCUCAACCCGACAUAAGUAUGCGAAUUAUACUUACCAAUAUUCACAAUUUAGUUCUGGGAGAUCUUCCAGUAAGCUUACGGAAGACAAAGCCUCAUGUUUUAUACGAAGUUUUUGGCCAACUAAAUUCAGCUAUUGUUGAAGAUGGUAAUCAGAAGCUCUUUUCAUUGAAAGAUGGUCAUUAUUCUAUUAAAUGUAUAGAAGGCAUUUUGGAUAGUGAGCAUGCACCAUUUUAUAGAGGAAUGUGGUUAAGAUGCAUUGGAUCUUUUAAUCAUGGGGAUAAAGUUUUGAAAAUAUAUGCAAUACGUGCUGCAACAGAAGACGAGCGGAGUCAGAUUACUCAAAAUAUGGUGAAAAUUAUUCGUUCUGUAAAACUAUGGACGAAAAAGAACCAACGAAACUUCAACAAAAAAAAAGCUCUGGAAAAAACAAUUCUUGUAGCUGCAAUUGCAAAAAUUGUUCUUCAAGUAAAUGCCGUUGUACAGCUAUUGGUCAACAAAAAUCAGGACAGUCUGAUUGCCCAUCUUGUCCUUCCCAAAGGUGUGGCUGCUAUGGUAAAACAUGCUGUCAAAAAUUUUCCUGUGAAAUUAAGCAAUGCUGCAAAAAAAACAGCAGUAACACUAGAAAAUGUUGCUGCAAAGCCAAGACUUGCUGUGAAACAGGCGACUGCUGUCAAUCCGGAAAAUGUGAAUGUACUUCUUGCCCAGCUAAUAAAUGUUGUUGCUCAGUAG